AUGUCCCGAACGAUUCGAGAUCUGCUCCUCGGCUGGUUGAACGAGAAUCCCGACGGACUUGGUGAGCCCGGGCCGCAAGAGGAUCUCUUCAUUGAGCUCAGAGACACAAGAGGUGAGCGGAUUGCAAAAAUUGAUGUGAAAUGCCUUGCAGCGCACAUUUUGAGUUCAAAAGUCAUAAAAAUGAGCCAAAAACGGAAAAAUACACUGAAUGACCUCAUGUAGUUCAAAAAUCCCGGUUUUUUGUUGCAGUGCACGGCCCGGUGGAUCGAGAAAAGUACACGCGGUUAGUGUAUGGAGACCGGCACGUCGGCUGGUUCAAAACGCCCACAAUUUCUGCGGUCGCCAUCUACAAUCAGAAUCGGCGCGACGGAGAAACGCACCGGCUCGACGUGUCGGAGCGGUGGCGCGAUCGCAUAUCCGACAUGAUUCUGCAUCCGCGCGGGCCCGAGUUUCUCGAAAAGAUCGACGGCGUCGCACUGUACGCGUUCAUCUCGCACACGGAAAACGGCAGCGCUGUUCAUCAGUUCACACUGAUCGACGAGCUUAUUCAGGAACUGGACAUGUACGACGAGUGCCUCGACUGGAUGCUCGGUAAGUACGAACGUUUGGACCACUUGCAAUCAUUGGAUCGGGCCCAGACUUAGCUAGCUUUUUUGGCUUGGAUUGAUGUAUUAUGGAUCCAAGUUUCAGUCCGAUCCGAUUAUCUGAUUCACAUAUCUUGGGACCCGAUGAUCGGAUCGGGCUGAAACUUGGAACCAAAGCUCUUCGAUCCAACUCCAAAAAGCUUACAAAGUCCGGAUACGAUCAGAUUACUGAGUGCGUCUUAAAGUCAAGUGCCUAUGUCAAUUCUCUGCUUUCUUCAGACAUGGAGUUGGGCGAGACAAGGCGCGUGGUUGAGGCUCAGGCGUGGCGUGGCUGCGAAUCGCAUCUGAGAUGCUGUGUGUGGUACCUGAAGGUCGUCGACAGUAUCAAGUACCGCAAGCGGAACAGCGAGCUGAUCAAGGAGUGGGAACUGCUGCAGGGGAUGGGCCCCGAACUGCCGGCGCCGUCUACAAGCGCGGACACGGCGGAACAGCGUGCUGCUCCAGCUGCUCCAGCUGCUGCUGAUGGUCCUGCUGAUGCUGUUGGUCCUGCUGAUGCUGUUGGUCCUGCUGAUGCUGUUGGUCCUGCUGAUGCUGUCGGCCCUGCUGAUGCUGUUGGUCCUGCUGAUGCUGUUGGUCCUGCUGAUGCUGUUGGUCCUGCUGAUGCUGUUGGUCCUGCUGAUGCUGUUGGUCCUGCUGAUGCUGUUGGUCCUGCUGAUGCUGUCGGCCCUGCUGAUGCUGUUGGUCCUGCUGAUGUUGCUGGUCCUGCUGAUGCUGAUGCUGGUGCUGCGAGAGGAGCCCGUCGACCGCUUGAAGAGGAUCCGAGUGCAGAGCCGGAACCGAAAGUGAGGAGGGUCGAGCCGGAGGUGCAGGAAAAUCGGUGAGCAAACUAAUACAAUCCAAGGCGUGCCGUGGAGUUUUUCAGUUCCCUGACAAUCAGCUCAUUGAAUUUUUACAGUGAUGACGCGGACGAGGAAAGAGAACUCGGACUCGAAGUGCAGGAAGAAGAAGACGUGAGAAUGGAUGCAGAUUCACCAGACGAAAUUGCGGAUGAUUAG